UACUUGCCAUUCUAGUUCUCAAAUUCUCUCUGUUUUUCUUUUAUAUCAAAGCACUCUAUCCAAUCCAACACAAUGGUGGCUAUCUUUGAGCAUAGAAAUAUUGAGCAGAAUGACCUUGGAACACAACUGAAGUUUCCAGGUAAUGCCAACUUACCUAGUUGCUGGAAUUUAUCAAGCGGCAAGAGCUUGAACUUGGAUGUUAAAGAUGAUCAGAAGAAAAUUCACAAGCUUACCGUCCAAGAAAGGAACGGCUAUAUAUGUUUCAGUGGUGAUGGUUGGAAGAAUUUCAAAACAGAGAAACGCAUUGAAAAGGAUGACAAGAUCAGCUUUUACAACUCUGGAGUUGAGUACAGUAUUAAAGUGGAGAAAGCUUAGCAAAGGGAUCGUUAGUUGGAUUUUAUAUAUCCUUAAUUUUUCCUUCCCUCUUCUUCACUUAUCUCAAAAUAAACGAUCUCUUAUAAGUGAUUGUCAGUUAAGCCCAUGAUUUAGCUUGUGAUAUUUUGUUAUCCUUUAGUUUGUGUGCUGUUUUUAUCUAUUGUGUAGACUCUAGGGUGAUGUUUUUAUACUGUUAUAUUAUCAUGUGAAUUAUUACCGUGUUUGUAUGGUUGCAUCUGCAAUAAAAUUAAAGUUUCACA